CCUGAAAACCAUGGUCGAGGAGUCUAUAUUUUUCAUCUUAAAACCGUUAGAUCUCUCUUUAUCCCUCUCUGUGGGACGAUAGAAUCCCAAAGAUGCAUUCCUGGACAUCCCUGCAGAGAUCCUCACCGUCGAUUCUCAGAAAAUCCGGAAUCCAACGGCUGAAUCUCCGCCCUUUCUCGGACUCAACAACAACAGCAGCAGCAGAUUCAUCUUCCUCCUUCAUGAGAGAGUCGGUCUGCUGCCAAGACGGGAGAAAGACGGCCUCUUUCUUUCAACUGCUUCUGAGAUCUGUUUCAGGAGCGGUGAUAGUAUCCACCCUCGGCCUAGGCCUCUGGUCUUCUUCUUCUUCUCCAGAUUCUUCUUUCUCGUUUGCCCAUAUGACGGCUGCGAUCGCCAAAGAGGGUCCGCGGCUUGAGAGGAAAACCAAGUACCUUUUCGGAGAUGCAUUUAGGAGAAGGGUUUUCUUUAACUAUGAGAAACGGAUAAGACUGCGAAGUCCUCCCGAAAAGGUUUUUGAAUACUUUGCAUCUUUCCGUACCCCAGAAGGAGAGGUUUUUAUGACACCAGCGGACUUGAUGAGAGCAAUUGUUCCUGUAUUUCCUCCAUCUGAAUCAAAUAUUGUUAGAGAAGGUUAUUUGAGAGGGGAGCGGCCUCCUAGUGAGUUGCAUUGUGCUGAUUCAGCCUUUUUUAUGCUUUUUGAUACCAAUACUGAUGGACUUAUAUCUUUCCCAGAGUACAUCUUCUUUGUCACCUUACUCAGCAUCCCUGAAUCAAGCUUCUCUGUGGCAUUUAAAAUGUUUGACCUUGACCGUAGUGGAGAGAUUGAACAGAAUGAAUUCAAGAAAGUAAUGUCCUUGAUGCGGUCUCAUAAUAGACAAGGAGCUUGUCACAGGGAUGGACUUCGUAUUGGCCUCAAAAUGCGGAAUCAAGUAGAAAAUGGAGGGCUUUUGGAGUAUUUCUUUGGCAAGAAUGGAGAUGAGUGCCUCCAACAUGGAAAAUUUAUCCAAUUUUUGAAAGAUUUUCAUCAUGAAAUUUUGCGCUUGGAGUUUGCCCACUAUGACUACGAGUUACGAGGAACAAUAUCGGCUAAGGAUUUUGCCUUGUCCAUGGUUGCUUCGGCUGACAUGAACCAUAUAAACAAGCUUCUCGAUCGGGUUGAUGAAUUACACGACGAGCCACAUCUCCAUGACAUGCGCAUCACCUACGAGGAGUUCAUGUCCUUCGCAGAAUUGCGUAAAAGAUUUCAUGAAUUGUCUCUUGCAAUUUUUGGUUAUGGGGAAGUGAAUGGUUUAUUGACGAGGGACGACUUCCAAAGAGCUGCAUCCUAUGUAUGUGGUGUUUCCAUCAGUGACAAUGUGGUUGAUGUCAUAUUCCAUGUUUUUGAUGCAAACCAUGAUGGAAAUUUGAGUGCAGAAGAGUUCUUGCGAGUUCUACAGAGAAGGGAAAGGGAUAUUGCCCACCCAAUGGAAACAGGCAUUGUGGGGCUGCUAUCAUGCUUGUGGAGUUGCAGAAAGGCUAACCCCUUUGUGCAGAAUUUUCAGUAACUAGAGUUCCUUUCUUCUUGUACAUGGCCUAGCACUUCCGAUCGUGGUCGGAGAUCAUUUUGGGAACUAGCAACUAAGCUGUCGUACAGUAAGGAGAGGUCAGUUCUUCCAAUCUUCAAUGAGGGUGUCAUUGGAACAUCGAUGGAGGUGGCUUUCUUUUCUUCACUAGGAAGGAAGAAAGAUGGAAAGAGGGGAAAAUGAAGAAAAAACUUAAAAAGAAAAAGAAAAAAAAAAAGAGAAAGAGAAGGGAUUUCGAUGGAGGUGUAUGCCGAUGAUGUCUACCUCUUUUAUGUACAGUUUCCAUGAGUAGACAAAAUAGAUCUGAGGAGAAGACACUCUCAUUGUCUAGUCAUCUAAAAAAAGCAGUGUUGCAGAGUGAUUUCCUACUGGAAACCUCGACUCUUGUAGUUUAUUAUGUGUUAUACAUAUUCGUGUUGUUUCAUACUUUGUGGGAUUCUUUGUAACAAGAAGAUAUUUAUGAGCUAAAUAAGCUGUAUUUUUUUCUUA